GCUCAAGUGCAGACAGGUCAACCUGGCUGUUUGCCGGGUGUGUGACGAAACGUCAAUCUUUGGCAGCAUAAGUUUGCCACAUCACUUACAUCACUUCUGCUGUUUCUUUCAGAGGAAGCACUUGACAUCAAUUGACUCAUCACGUGUCGGCACAUCUAGAUUUCUCGCCUGCAUUUCUGUCCCUUUCCAGCCCACUGGACUCUCAUAAGAAGCAGGACUCAUGUCAAAGACCAUGAGUCUUACAAAGAGUCAGUCCAUGCCCGCUCUGAAGCAAGCUCAGUCCGCGGACAUCAAGAGACGGAUCCUGGCCUCAGUGGAUAGGUAUCCAGGCCUCAAAGAUUCAGGUGCCUAUGUCGCUGCGCGAGUAGAUAAAGCACGGGAAAAAGAUCGACUGGCUGAAAAGGAGUAUUGGGCACAUCUCAAAAAGUUCAAGGAAGACGUCCAGUCCGUUUUCAAGUUGCCCAAAGACAGCUACGCUGGCAAGAGGAGUGUGCAGGAGGAGAUCAACGAGAAGGUCGAGAAGGGCCAACGAGCUUUGCAGGAGACGGACGAGAAGUAUCAGAAUUGGCUCAAGGAGAUGGAGGAGCGACAGCAAGAACGGAUUCAAGAAAAGUUGCAGCAAAGGCGAAAUGAGAUCGAUGAUUUGAACAACAGAAAACUGGAGAUGCAGGCUUCACUUCAAAAGGAGCUUGAAAACAAGGCUGCCGGAUUCAAGGAGAAGGAGAAGGAAUAUUGGAACUGGCUGGCCGAUGCAAAACAGGCGGUGGCUGCUCGGCCAGGGGUGGCACCUCUCUACAAGUUCGAUGGGAAGAGUGUCGAGGAAUUGGUGUCCGAGAAGAAGGCUGCGUUACACAAGGAGGUCUCUGCCAGGGAGCAGGAGUACCGAAUCUGGCUAGACUCUGUCAGCAAGCCGAAGUUCACGUUGCCAUCCCAGGCCGUGAACACUCCGGCGCAAAGAGCAUUGAUCGUUCAGGAAAAUGUGAGAAAGGGCUUGGAAAAGCUAAACGAAAAGACAGCGGAGUAUCAAAAAUGGCUCAAGGAAAUGGAGCAGCAAAAGCACGAAGCCAUGAUGGAGAAGGUGAAAGCAAAGCUGAAUGCUGACCGUGAAGAUAUUGAGCGAAGAGAGAAGGCUAUGAAUGCCCUUGAGGAAAAGAUGGCAGCAGUGAAAGCAGAAGAGGAGAGGCGAGCGAAGCUUUCGAGAGAGGAGGUGUUGCAAAUGUACCGCAAGGUUCACAACAAGCCUUUGCUGAUCGAACAAGCGUACGACUAUGGCAGGGUAUUCAAGAAAGCUCAUGAUUUGGAGUGCCGGGCAGCGAGGUUCACUCUAUGGAAGGGUAGCAGAUAGGCAAAUCUGUGCACCUGAUGCAUCCUGCCUCGGAGUUAGGUAGUUCAAGAUGCCGUGUACCAUACAGGGGCACAUUGCUUUCAUGCUUUAUGUUGUGGACGUUCCAGUCUUACAAGGAUCC